AUGGCCAACGGUCGCUCGUCUCAAGAUGAUCGCAAACUCGAGAGCGGUGCCCCCGCGCCCGCGCCGCAGAACAAUGGUUUGCACCCGGCUUUCUACAUUGCGUGCGUCCUCGCCAACGCGGCCUCCUCCAUCAAUCCCCUCGGGUCUGCGAGGGCCUUUGCUAAUACGCCCCCAGUCUCCCUUGCAGUCGACCACGAUGGCUUUGCCGCCGAGAAUAUCAGAUCUAACAUUCGGUCAACAGCGCUCUUCCUGACGACAUGGCACAUGAUCUUCGCCACUGCGAUGACCCAGGGUCUGGCGCGUUUCACCACCAUCCUGGACUCCCGUCACAAGGUCCCUAUGACCCCGGCUACCUAUGGACGUGCCAUUGUCCCGAUCGGUAUCAUGUUCAGUUUGUCUCUGAUCUGCGGUAACCUGGCCUACCUCUACCUAAGUGUUUCCUUCAUCCAGAUGCUGAAGGCGACCAACGCUGUCGUGACCCUCUUCGCUACCUGGGCAUUCGGCAUUGCCCCGGCCAACUACAAGACCCUCGGAAACGUCGCCAUCAUUGUUGUUGGUGUCGUGAUUGCCUCCUUUGGUGAAAUCAAGUUCGACAUGCUCGGUUUCCUCAUCCAGGUCGGCGGUAUCAUCUUCGAGGCUCUCCGCCUGGUCAUGGUCCAGCGCCUGCUCAGCUCUGCCGAGUUCAAGAUGGAUCCCCUUGUUUCCCUUUACUACUACGCUCCCGCCUGUGCUAUCACCAACGGUGUUGUUACUCUCUUCACCGAUCUCCCCCGUAUGACCAUGAACGACAUUUACUCCCUCGGCAUUAUGACUCUCAUCGCCAAUGCCCUCGUUGCUUUCCUGCUUAAUGCCUCUGUUGUGCUUCUGAUUGGCAAGACCUCUGCCGUCGUCCUGACCAUGGCUGGUAUCCUGAAGGAUAUCCUUCUGGUCUGCGCCUCCAUGAUGAUCUUCCGUGACCCUGUCACUGCCCAGCAGUUUUUCGGUUACUCCAUUGCCCUGGCUGGUCUGGUCUACUACAAGCUGGGUGCUGAGAAGAUCAAUGCCCUCACCACCGACGUGCGUCUCCAGGUGGGCGAGUAUCGCCGCGCUAACCCCGCCCAGGCUAAGGCAAUUGCGAUCGGUGCUGCAGUGACGAUCGUCCUGAUUGUCCUGUACACUGGAGCUCCGUCCUCCGCUCACUUGACCAACUAA